GUCCAGACCGAGUCUAGGAAUCCAGACUAACCGUUGUGGAUUUCUUCGUCGUGAAAACUCAAGAUGGCGACGCCCACUGCUUUGCUAGUUUCCUGCUCUUCAAGCGUAGAUGCCCAUGGAAUAAUGAAAAAAAUCACAGAAAAUGAUUCUGGAACCCCGUUCACCCCCAUUGCGGAAGAGGUGGAGGGUUACCCUUGGCAGCUCAGCAACAAGUACUACACAGCGGACAUCUUGGUGUGCAUCGCUAAACCCUGCAUCAUGGGAUCACUCUCUCUAGGAGAAUCCAUGGAGGGCAUUAUAAUCGCCAUGGAUGAUAAGGCAGAUAGCUUCAAGACUGCCAAGUCCCAGUGGGCCAUAGUCAAAGAGAUCAGCCCGGAAAUCAGAAUUCUUGCUUGUAAACAAUUUACCAAAGCACCAGGAGUAUCUAAGCAAGAAAUCUUAGAGUGGUGUCUUGACAAUAGUUUUGAGCUGGUAGAGUUAGAAAGGCCAGAGAAUGAAGAGGAUGAAGAAGAAGAUGGAUUCGGUACAGUGCCAUAUGGUGUGGAAAGGAUAGUCUCGGCUUUGCAUGCCCACACAUGGUCAAAUCUAGAGAUGAAAGAAGACAAUCGAUCAAACUUGCUGAGACUUCAAGAGAGGUUUGGGGAGAAUGACAACAGGACGGAGUCCGAAAACCACACGUCUUCCAACGAUGCUUCCACGCAAGGAUACAUUUCCCUCUGUGGGGUCGACGAACUUCCCUCCGAAGAUCCUGAUAAUCAAAUAGACCAAGAACAUUGCCACACAACCACGGAAACAACAGAAUCUUCCCCCAGGGACAGUAAUGUGAGGACUAUGGCUGCAGGUGAUGAGAGGAGGGGGGAUAAUGGGGGAGGGGCUCAGGAUGGGGGUUGCCGUGGAAGCAGCAGCAGCAGCGGUGCUGAAUCAACAAGUGCACUUCCAGAUGGAGCCAAUGCAGCAGCAAGCGGUGUAACGCCGGAGAAGACCAAAGAGAAAGCUGCGGCCGAUCUCGAUAAAAUAGAUGCUUUGCUCGAUGAGGAUAGGCAGGUCUUUGAAGCUCUUGGAAACGAGGAUCCAGAAAUGGAAUCCUUUGAACUACUCUUUUCCAGAAUGGCCCACAUGAAAGAGAAAGCAAGUAACUUGGAGGGUGAGGAGAGGAGACAGUAUGCCGAGAAGGUGGCUGUUGCGUUCUGGAGAGCGAUAGGAGGGGACGAAGGAGAGAUAGGCGGACUGGAUGAUGAUUCAGAUGAAUGAUGACGGAGGAGCGUGGGAAGAAGGCAUUGUAAGCGAUAGAAGGACCGAUCAUGAAAUAGCCUGAUGAUGAUAGGAGGAGACAAUGCAGGAAUUGAAGGAGGAAUGAAAGGAAAAGAAGAUGAUGCUAAACUGAUGGUGCAGGAGGAGUAGGAGGACUGAUAGAUAGAACUGAUGACGUCUCAGACCAACAGAGGAAAUACAAGGGGAGGACAGGUGAUUUCACCCUCAGGACACCCCCAAUCACCCCUAAAAUCCCCCCCAAAAGAAUGCUUUGGGGCGAUCUUAUUUUCUAAAGUGGCUGCAAGAUCUCCCACAGACAAUAAAAAUCAGAAAAUCAAUAUUCUACAUACAGCAGAAU